AUGGAUCUCUGCGUGACCAUCAAAGGCGUCUCCUUCCUACUACAGACCGGCCUGGGCGUCCUUGGCAACACACUUGUGCUCCUGGCCUACGUCCACAUCGCCCACGGCGCCGACCACAAGCUCCUCCCCACCGACCUGAUCCUGUGCCACCUGGCCUUCUCCAACCUCAUGCUGCUGCUGACGCGCUGCGUGCCCCUGACCAUGACCGUGUUCGGCCUCCACAACCUGCUGGACGACGCCGGCUGCAAGGUGGUCAUCUACCUGUACCGCAUCACCCGGGCGCUGUCCGUCUGCCUCACCUGCAUGCUGAGCGUCUUCCAGGCGGCCACCCUGGCCCCCGACGCGCCGCGCCUCAAGGCUGCGCUGCCCGCCCUGGUGCUGCCCUCCUUCGCGGGGCUGUGGCUCCUCAACAUGGCCUUCUGCCUCGCCGCGCCCUUAUUCUCCGUCGCCCCGCGCAACGGCACCGUGCCGGCGUUCACCCUCAACCUGGGCUACUGCCACGUGGACUUCCGGGACUACCUGUCGUACGUGCUCAACGGCAUGGCCGUGACGGUGCGGGACUUUGCCUUCGUGCUGCUGAUGCUGCUGUCCAGCGGCUACAUCCUGCUGAUCCUGCACCGCCACAGCCGCCAGGUGCGCUCCAUGCGGCGGGGGGCGGCCCAGGGGGUGGAGACGCGGGCGGCCGAGACGGUGGUCUCCCUGGUGGUGCUCUACGCCGUGUUCUUCGGCAUCGACAACGUGAUCUGGAUCUACAUGCUGACUGUGGCCAAGGUGGCGCCGGUGGUGGCCGACAUGAAAGUGUUCUUCUCCUCGAGCUACGCCUUCCUCAGCCCCUAUUUUAUCAUCUCGUCCAACAAGAGGAUCAAGGGGAAGCUGGUGUGUGCGGUGGAACAGCAGCAGUCUCCGGUGGAGACUCAGACGUCCAAUGAGAAAUGACUUUUACGAAAAGUUCCCUUAAUGAGAUGCUCUCAGACAUUGCCUCUGUAAUUAGCUAUUAUCUGACUGUUUUAGUCUAAAUAACAACAUUCAUGCAUGUGAUGACUACAGAAGUCCUUUGCAUACAAACGUUGUAUAUCAGAAGCAAACAGAACUCUAAAGGCUACUAAAGAAUAGCUUUUUUGUUAAGUCACCUCUCCUGACCAUUUAAUUUCGUUUUUAUCUUGUUCUGCCUUCAGCAUGCGCUCUGAUUGGCUGAAUGUGACGCAGGCUGGCAGCGAGCGUCGGAACGUGCAAACCAAACAAAACCUGGAAAAAACUUUUAUCACAGACUUGUAUUUAUUUAUCAUGCUAUUGGUUUAUUUAUUUAAUAGAUUUGUAUUUUGUGUUUAGCCGUCCGCUGUGCGGGGUGCCCUUCCGCAGGCCUUGGCUCCCCCUGGUGGCGAAAUAACAAAACUUAACAAAUGACAACAAAAAACGCACCGUGCUCUGCUCCCUCCUCAGACUCCGCCUGCUGCAUCUCUUUAUCCUUCUU